CCUCUUCCUUUUUCACAGCUGCUCUUUUUCUUCACUCAGCUUUUGAAGUGCAUCUCAGAUGGCUAAUCUGUGUUGGAUAUUUUAUUUCAUGGAUUUUUGACCCCUGGCUUUCUAUAAAUUCAUUUUCUUCUGUGCUAAUUGCUCAUUCAGCUGUCCACUCAGAUGAUUAAUACCCAUUGUGUGCAGCCAUUGUCUUGAAAAGUUUGAGGUGGGCUGGCUGCAGUGAUGUCCAGAUCCAAAAAAUCAGCCUCAAGGUCUCGGAGCCGUUCAAGAUCCCGGUCAAGAUCUCGCUCUACCUCACGCUCCAGAAGUUGCUCCAGGUCUCGGUCCAGGAAGCAUCGUUACAGCUCUAGGUCUCGGUCACGGUCAAGAUCUCAUUCUCCAUCUUAUAACCGGCCAAAGAAAUAUCCAAGAGGACACCAAAACAACCGGGAGUUCCGGGGCUACCACCGCGGCUUCCGGAGGCCGUACAACUUCAGGGGCCGAGGGCGGGGCUACUUCCCACGUGGGCGGUACCAGCGUGGUGGUGGGGGUGGUGGCGGCUACAACAAUAACAACUUCCGCCCCAACUGGAAGAAUUACAAGCAGUACCCUCAAAAGCAGCAACAACAGCAGCAGCAGCAAAACCAUUCGCGAGGACGAUUGCACAGCCCCCAGAAAUGCUCAGGAAGCCCCCCUCACGGUCACUCUCAACACUCCGACCGAUCCUCCUCGCCAUUAUCCAGACACUCUCAGCAUUCUUCCUCCUCCUCACACUCAUCCUCUCCCAAAUGCAGGCCAGCCUUGUUGCUGGCUAAUCAGAACUCCAAAGAUGUAAAAGACGAGCAGUCAGCCUCAAAGGAGGUCCAAAAGGGAGGAGGGGGAGAUGGGGAGCCAGUGGAGCUCGUCAGGGAGUCGGCGGGAGAUGCCAAAGAAGGCGCAGACUGUGGGAGAACUGAGGGGAAGUGGCAGGGCCUGACAGACUGCAGCAGCAGUCCAAAGAGAACCAGUCCUCUGGCAAAUUCUGCUGUUAUUGUUGGUCAGAGCAGCCAAACUACAAACCAGUCCCGUCCCUCCCCUAAAAACACAAAUGAAAUCAGCAAUGGCACCCCCUCCUGGCAGAUGGGGUGUAGUUCAUCCUCCGCAAAAAAAUCCUCACACGAGCGUCUAAAUCCAAUGCUUUCCAGCUUUGACUUCUUCUCCAAUGAGGAAUACCUGGAUGGAGAUAAAACAGCAAUCUCCAUUGCCUUCAGAAAGUUUCUGGAGGAGCAAAAUAAAAAAACUACAUCUGCUUGGGAAAAUGGCAAGAACACAGAGGCAAAUGAUGUGGAUAUGGAGCAGGGUAAAGUAAAUGGCAAAGCAUCAGCAGUUAAUGCUGAUUCAGUGUCAAGGAAGUACAAAGACGACAUUGACGGUGAAGUGUCUCUGAACAGCUUUUUGAAAGCUUCUCCUUUUCUGUCUGCUGAUGGGGAGGAAGAGGAGGAGAUGAUCAUCAAGCCUCAUUCAAAGUCACUUCACAAAGACUGGCACAGUGGGGACGAGUCCUCUAAGCCAAAGAGCAAGGUCACUCAAUCAGCCAGGGAACUGUUUGAAGAGUGCUUUGGCAAAUGGCAGAAUGCGGCCUAUUCACAGGUAGCUAACAGUGACCUCGACGUCAUGGCAGAGGAGAUAUAUCUCAGUCGAAAGCAGGAUAAAGCAGCAGCCAUUGCUGCUGCCCUCGCCAAGAGGGAGUUAGCAGGAAAAUUUGAGGAACUGUCUCCAAACAUGAGUUGUAAAGCCAGGAAGAUGGCAAAAUCUCCCACCAUCCCACCUCCUGCACCACCACCAAGGAGGAGUUCUGACAGAGAGAUGUUUAUGGUCACCGGAGAGGACUUGCCUCUCAUGUCCUCAAGAAAACAGGAAGCAAAAUUUAAUGUCAGGAUGGAUUUCUUAGGAGAUAGCCUGAUAAGCCAUUCUGAUAUUUUAUCUGAGGAGCGACAGUUGUCUCAGGAUCUUGUGCAGUCCUCAAAAAAGGAUCAGGAGUUUCGCUCCAUCUUUCAACAUGUUCAGGCUGCUCAGUUACACAGGAGUCCAUCUGAGCUGUUUGCUCAACACAUUGUUACCAUCGUUCACCACAUUAAAGCUCAGCACUUUCCAUCCUCUGGCAUGACUCUAAACGAGCGAUUCACCAUGUACCACAGACGAGCUGCAGAGAAGGAAAUGAUGAAGCCCAGAAAAAGCCCAGAGAUACACAGAAGAAUUGAUGUGUCAACAAGUGCUUUUAAGAAACACUCUCAACUAUUUGAGGCGAUGAAAAGCUCAGAGGAUGGCACUUACAAGGACGGCGGGGACAAAUUAAAGGGUGACCCAAUGGACCUUCGUUUGGAUAUUGAGCGCCGUAAAAAAUAUUCCACCCAUGAAAGAGAUUAUAAUCAGGACCGGGGAAGAGAUAUGGGAGAUUCCCCAGAUUCUAGUAGAGAGAGAUCUGUGGAAAAGGGCUCCAAACGCCACAAGAAAUCAAAGAAAAGUAAGAACAAGCGCUCACGUUCAAGUUCGUCCUCGUCUUCCUCAUCAUUGAAGUCCCAACAAGAAGAAGAUUUGUCUCAGGACAAGUCUGAUCCCAAAGAUGAAAGCUUUAACAGGGGCCGACUGGGUCAAAGGGAGUCACCAGGGCAUGAAGGAGGAAGGACACGUGGAGGAUUUCAAGUACGAAUUCGUGGAAGAGGCUGGAACAGGGGCAAUUGUCAGGGUAACAGUACACACAGUAACCCCACGAACAUGGCAGGACACCCAAAAAGUGAAGACUGGGACCCAGAGUACACUCCCAAGAGCAAACAGUACUACUUGCACGAUGACAGAGAAAGGGAGGCAGAGUGCAAGUGGAUGGACAAUCGAGGGCGAGGGCGGGGAAGCUUCUCGCGUGGAAGGGCACGAUUCAUCAUCCGCAAAGCCACCGGGGGCUCCAACACCAAUAGCCCCAGAUGGGCCCAUGACAAGUUCCAGGUCAACGGGGAGCAAGGUGGUACACAGGAAGAGGAGACAGAACAGGACCAUAAACAGGGAGAAACUGAUGGACAGAAUACUUGAGCAGUGAAGCAGUCUGCUGAAACUCUGAACUGUCUUCUAUGGAAUCUGUUUCAGUGAUUUUAUCCACCACAAUCGAUCGAUAAAUACAGAUUAAAAUGUUCUAAGACUCAACUAUUGCUAUGAAAACCUAUAAGCUUUAAUUUUACCGUAGGAUACUCACUUUGACUGGACACAACCAUUUCCUACAUCAGGAUUCAGCUCGUUACUAGUAGCAGCACUGUUUAAGUGUGAAAUGCUGUUUCUUAUGAAAACUCACAAGUUUGUGUUACGUGAUUCUUUGCUUUUUAUAGUACAUUAAAUUCUUCUGUGCAGCAUUUUGGAAAUAUUUACAGUCUUCUCACUUGGGUAGUUAGUAACUCCUUAAUUGCUCUUGUGUUUUAAAUUAGCAAGAGAAAAUUACAUUGUAGAUCAAAUUAGCUCGUGCCUUAUACUUGUGAAAAUGAAGAAUUAUUUUCUGAGAGUACUACAAGAUAAAUUAUGGUACUGGGAAAUGCAUUGAAGUCUAAUUUAAUCCUCUGACCAUGAGUUUGGAAAAAAAAAGCAAGUUUGUUGUUUUGAACUGUCUUGUCUUGAUUAAUAUGGCAACAAUAAAUACACUGUAGUUCAUAUUGACACAAUAAAAAGAAAAAACAUAACUGUUUAGCUGAUUUAGCAUUCUACAAAUGACCCUGAUCUGACAAUGGGACCAAACUGUGUGGGGUCAAAGGUUAAACUCUGCAGUCUUUCAUUGUACACCAUCCAGCAGAUCUACAAUGCAAGCUGGCAGCAUAGGAGACUGUUAUUAUUAGGCUACUAAUACUACCUGUACAUUUAACAUGUUGAUGACCCAUUUUGCUAUAAGAGAUUUCUACUCUUUACAGUAACUGCUUGAUCUAGGAUUACCACUAAUCAGUGUAUAAUAUUGAUUGUGAUCAUAUUUUUCCUCCAGAGACAUUCAUUGUAGUUUUUGUACCUGGCUAGGCAGGAAUAUGUCUUUGUAAUGCAAAGGAGAAUGUGCUCUUAUUGCAAUAGAUUUUUAUGUGAUUUUUGUUUGCUGAUUGCAAACUUUCCUCCAGACAAUGAUGUUUAAUCAGUUAUGUUAAUUGUCUGCAACUGUGUCAACAUUGUGAUUAAACUGGUUCAUAAUUAGCAGUUGUUUAGUGUAUAGGUUGUAACAGAAAUACAGGGCAGUUUAUAUGACAAGGAUUAUGAAUAAUCCUAGGAUAAGAAUGUUUUUUUCAGCGCCUUUUUUCCCUUUAAGUCUAGGAUUAAGUUCAUUUCUGUUUGGCUAACUUGCCAUACGAUUAAAUAACAGAAUCUGUGCCUUGCUGUGGGUGCACUGGUCUUAUAUGUACAAUACAGACCUCCAGAUUGAGAUUAAUGUUUAACUGUUUAAAGGUUACCUGCUUAGGAUAUAAUGCUUUUUUAAAUAGAUGUUGUUACUGUUUUUCUUAGAGAUUGUAAAUUAAAGAGAAACUGAUUUCUUUGA